GCGAGCGUGCGCAUGCCCAGUGGUUCAGGAACGGGGCGAGGACAGAUCUACCUGCGCCCCUGCCAGGAAUUGGCGAAAGUGGGCGAGCGGCAGGACCAGACUAGUCCCGGCUCGGGGUCCUGGAGUCCGCGCAGAUUGAGGCCACCUCGGUUUGGGAAAUGCUGGCUUGAGCCAGGAGUCCAGGCAUGGAAUUUUUGACAGCCCCCCAACUCCCUCCAGGACCUCCAGCCAUGGACUUGGAGGAGCCCAGGGACACACUUUCAGCCUCUCAGGACCUCACCCCUGAUUGCCAGUGGGACCCAGCGCCAGGAGGCCCUGGCAGCCUAAGUCAAAUGGAACUUGACGGGCCAAAUAUUCAGGACCUGGUGCAACAGUUUGAAGCUCUGCCGAGUGAUCUGGUGGGCCUGUCCCCAGAUGGACCUCCGUGUCCCCUGCACAUUGCCACUGGCCAUGGCCUGGCCCCACAGGACAUCACUGAUGCCCAUGGGCUCUUGUCCGCCGAGGCCGGCCGGGACGACUUGCUGAGCCUUUUGCAGCAAGAUGAGUGCUCUCCUCCCCAGUCGUGCCCCACGGAACCUCCGGACCCUGCUCCUCGCCUGUUGCAGCCUCCUGAGGACCCAGAGGGCGAUGCUGGCCCCCCAGAGUGGGCAGAGGGGGCCUCGGCCGAGCGGGGUGGCAGCUCAAGCAGCUCCCCAGAACCCUGGCUGGAGACAGUACCUCUGGUGGCUCCUGAAGAGUCACCUGCCACUGCCCAGAGCUCCGAGACCCUGGCUUCAUACCCUGCCCUCCGGGAGGUUUCUGGCCCCUGUGACCACGAAGACCUCUUAGACGGUGUCAUGUUCGGGGCCAAAUACCUGGGCUCCACCCAGCUGGUGUCCGAGCGGAACCCGCCCCCCAGCACGCGCAUGGCACAGGCCCAGGAGGCUAUGGACCGUGUCAAGGCUCCAGACGGGGAAACUCAGCCCAUGACAGAGGUGGACCUCUUCAUCUCCACCAAGAGAGUCAAGGUUCUGAUGGCCGACUCCCAGGAGGCCCUGAUGGACCACGCCCUGCAGACUAUCUCCUACAUCGCCGACAUCGGCAGCGUGCUGGUGCUCAUGGCCCGGCGGCGGCUGGCCCAGCGGCCCGCACCCCAGGCCCACGGCCGCCGGCUCUACAAGAUGAUCUGCCAUGUGUUCCACUCUGAGGACGCCCAGCUCAUCGCUCAGGCCAUUGGCCAGGCCUUCGCUAUGGCCUACAGCCAGUUCCUGCAGGAAAGCGGGGUGGACCCCAGCCAGGUGGGCACCCAGCAGUGUCAGGGGGCCACAGGCCCUGGCCACCUCCACAAUGGGGACCUCGACCACUUCUCCAACAGCGAAAACUGCAGGGAGGUUUGCAUCGAGAAACGAAGGGGCGAGGCUCUGGGCGUGGCCCUGGUGGAGUCAGGCUGGGGCUCCUUGCUGCCCACGGCCGUCAUUGCCAACCUGCUGCACGGGGGCCCCGCCGAGCGCUCGGGGGCCCUCAGCAUCGGGGACCGCAUCACCGCCGUCAAUGGGACCAGCCUGGUAGGGCUGCCCCUGGCUGCCUGCCAGGCCGCCGUCCGCGAAGUGAAGUCGCAGAUGCUGGUGACCCUCAGUAUCGUCCACUGCCCACCGGUCACCACGGCCAUCAUCCGCCGACCCCACGUCCGCGAGCAGCUGGGCUUCUGCGUGGAGGAUGGCAUCGUGAGCCCCAAGCCCGGGGACCACGUGGGGGCGGGCAGCCCCGAUUGUGGCCCCCCUGAGCUUUGUGGCCCUUCCUGUUCCCCCAGAUCUGCAGUCUCCUCCGAGGCGGUAUCGCCGAGCGCGGGGGUGUCCGCGUGGGGCACCGCAUCAUUGAGAUCAACGGGCAGAGUGUGGUGGCCACGCCGCACGCCCGCAUCAUCGAGCUUCUCACCGAGGCCCACAUUGAGGUCCACAUCAAGACCAUGCCAGCCGCCACCUACCGCCUGCUCACAGGCCAGGAGCAGCCCGUGUACCUGUGAUCCGCCACCUACACCCCCACCACUGUGCCUUAGCCCCCACCAGGCCUGGAACUCCAUCCACGGACCCUCCUCGGCUGACCAGGGCCCCAAAGGUUUCCUGGUUCUAUAUUCUAUAUUAUUUUCUGAUGGAAAAAAUUAAAAGCUUAUCAAAUGGGCAAGGUUUCGGAUCAGGGCCUGUGGGGUCGAGAGAGGAAAGACAGCGCCUGACUCUGGCCCCUCAUCCCUGGAAGUCACCAGAAUGCAGUGCUGUGAAAAUACUGUUUAUUAAAGACCAGGCGGAGGGA